ACGCUGAGAAAAGGCAGUGGAAGCCGACGUUUGCGAGGAAACCGUCCUUGUAAUUCGUAUUAGUGUAUAUCUGUUAAUUAACGCUUUGGCACAGGUACAAGCGGAAUGGCCACCGACUGGCUGGGGAGUCUUGUGUCGAUCAACUGUGGGGAGGCGCUGGGUGUGUAUCAGGGAGAGGUGUCCUCAGUGGAUCAGUCCAGCCAGACAAUUUCACUGAGACAGCCGUUCCACAAUGGCGUCAGGUGUCCAGUUCCAGAGGUCACCUUCAGUGCCAUGGACAUCAAGGAACUCAAGAUCCUGGAUAUCCGAAAUGGUGGCAGCGGCAGCGUAGGUGGACCUAGCCAAGGAGGCAUGGCUAAUUCCUACUCUACUGGGCACAAGCCUGGAGGAGGAGGGAGAGGACCAGUCAGCAGCAACCCAGUUGCAGUGCCCCUCAAAGCUGAGCCAAGGUCACUUGAGGGUCUUACUUCACCACAGCAGUGCUCCAAAAGCUAUGGAGAGCGCCACCUAGAGGCACCUGGUCAGAUGAAAGGCUUUCGCAGGAGGCACAACUCCUGGUCUUCCAGUAGUCGGGGGCCAAACCAGUCCACACCUAAGAAGAACGGUUUGAAGAAUGGUAUUGGAGCUGGGCAGAUGAAAAUAAAGGAUGACGAGUGCUUUGGUGAUGGCAUGGAUGAAGGCCUUGACACAGACUUUGACUUUGAGGGUAAUCUGGCUCUGUUUGAUAAGGCCGCAGUCUUCUCUCAGAUCGACACAUCGGAGCGCCGUGGCAAUGGAACCAGAUCACGUGGGACACCAAGCGAUCGCACACCAUCCCGCUACCGCCAUGAUGAGAACAUCCUGGAAGCCAAACCUGUUGUAUAUCGGCAGAUAUCUGUUCCCCAGUCAGGCGGGAAAGAAUACUGCACUGACUCAGGGCUGGUGGUACCCAGCGUGUCCUAUGAGCUGCACAGGCGCCUGCUCUUCAUGGCAGAGCGACUUGGCCUCUCCCUGGAACGACGGCUGGAGAUGACGGGCGUGUGUGCCAGCCAGAUGGCCCUGACAUUGCUGGGCGGACCCAACAGGUUGACACCGAAGAACGUACACCAGCGACCCACUGUGGUGCUGCUGUGCGGCCCCCAUGUACAGGGUGCCCAGGGUGUGAGCUGUGGACGUCAUCUAGCCAACCAUGAGGUUGAGGUUGUGCUGUUCCUGCCAAACUUUGUCAAGAUGCUGGAAUCAAUCACCAAUGAGCUUGCGCUCUUUGGCAAAACGGGCAGCAAGCAGGUGUCCAGUGUCAAAGACUUACCAGAUGGCCCAGUGGACCUCGUCAUCAACUGCCUGGACUGCCAUGAAAAUGCCUUCCUGAGGGAUCAGCCCUGGUACAGGGUGGCAGCAGACUGGGCCAACCAGAACCGUGCCCCAGUGCUGAGCAUCGACCCCCCUGUCAGCGGCCAGGAGCAGGCAGUGGAGGCCAAGUGGUCACUGUCUCUGGGGCUGCCGCUGCCGCUGGCCGAGAGUGCUGGCCGCAUCUACCUCUGUGAUAUUGGCCUGCCCCGCCAGGUAUUUCAGGAAGUGGGCAUCACAUAUCACUCACCCUUUGGCUGCAAAUUCGUCAUCCCCCUCCACCCAGCGUAAUGGCUGUCAGAUAGCUGCAGUUGUAGAAUGAACCCCCCAAAUGGGAAAAGAGCACAUCUGGUUUUGGGAGUUCUCUAGGAGAAAACUGGCCGUAUUGGAAGGACCUACUUCAACAUCCCAUGGCAGGAGGGGUUUGGCAAGUGCUUUGAUGGUCUUUUAUUGUUCUCCAAAACUUGGGAAGCUAAUUUUGCCACCAGAAGGAAAGGAAAGCUUGGAGAUUAGUAGUAUUUCACAGAAAGGAACUGCUUCUUUAUCUGACAGAUGGAAAACAUUUACAGAUUAUUUAUGAAUGGCUGGAAUGCUGGGUGCCGUUGGACACUGGAAUUGAGUUGGACCUGAUUAGAUUCUUUCCUUUGCUU